AUGUGGAGACUUGCAAAAAAUAUUCUUCCAACAAGAUCCAAUCUUCAUAAGAAAGGUAUCAAUCUUGACUUACUUUGCCCUCUUUGCUUUAGGGAGGAGGAAUCCUCACAGGACUUGUUCUUGAAGUGUGAUAUGUUCAAACUUACUUUUUUUGCAUCCCACCUUGGCUCCCAUAUUCCUAUAGAUAUUGAUUUGCAUGACUGGAUUCUGAAAUGGAUGGUCUGCCAGGACCCUCUUGGUGUCCAAUUAUUUUGUACUUUGCUGUGGAAAUUUUGGGCUGGAAGGAAUGCUGUGAUUUUUAAUGGUUGGCAAAUGGACCCUACAUGGUUGGCCCUUGAUGCUAUGAAUUUUGUUCAUGAGUUUAAUGAGGCCAAUCCUUCAAGAAAUAGAAGAGUUCAAGUUUCACAAGAGAUAUCCGAACCCUCUCGGAGUACAUCUAUGAAUUCUAUAUUUGUUGAUGCGGGUGCGUGCAAAAGAGAGGACAUCACUGCUGAACCUCUAUUGGCGGAAGCUUUAGGGGUGCGUUGGGUUCUUCAAGUAGCCACUGAUCAAGGUAUCAACUCUGUUUCCAUUUACUCAGACACGGCUCAUGUGGUCAAUUUCAUCAACAAAAGAUCAAAUUUUGCUGCUAUUAAUUUAAUUGCUCAGGAAUGUAGAAACUUGAUGGCUGGUUUGACAAAUGCUUCUGUAAUGUUUGUUAGUAGAACACAAAAUUGUGAUGCCCAUAAUUUGGCCUCUUUGGCUAAGGUUGUGGGUAGUAGGACUUGGAUAGGGGUAUCCACUCUUGUAUCAGAUUUUUCUGUUUCUGCUGCUGUUUGUAACUUCAUUAGCAGUGUUCCAACUUGUUAA